UAUGGCUAUUGGUUCCAUCCGACACCAAAUUUGCAAAUUAUUGAAAACAAAAAAGCAUUUCAUUUUCCGAAUUUUUAUUUAAUUCUUCACUUUAUUUUGAUUUGAUUUGGAUUUGAAUCGCUCCAUUAUCACCAUUUCUUCAGAUCCAAAUCUUAGGGUUUCUGAAUUCGAUCUCUUCAAUUCGUGAUUCUGUACAUAAGAAACGAAAAACUUGUGAAGAAAAAUGGAAGCGAUCGAGGAAUUAUCGCAGCUGUCGGAAUCAAUGAGGCAAGCCAGUGCGUUGCUUGCCGAUGAAGAUAUAGACGAAACGACGACGUCUUCUUCAUCGUCGUCGUCUAAACGAGCUCCGAGUUUUCUUAAUGUUGUUGUUCUUGGCAAUGUUGGUUCCGGCAAAUCUGCUGUCUUGAACAGUCUCAUUGGACAUCCUGUUUUGCCAACUGGUGAAAAUGGAGCAACUAGGGCUCCAAUAAGCAUUGAAUUGCAGGGAGAUAGUUCAUUAAGCACCAAGUCUAUUAUUUUACAAAUCGACAAUAAAUCUCAGCAGGUUUCUGCAAGUGCUCUUCGACAUUCACUACAAGAUAGGCUAAGCAAGGGUUCUUCAGGAAGGAGUCGUGAUGAAAUAUAUCUUAAACUCCGCACUAGUACAGCUCCACCAUUAAAAUUGAUCGACUUACCAGGAUUGGAUCAAAGAAUAAUGGAUGAUUCACUGGUAAGUGAAUAUGUUCAACACAACGAUGCUAUUUUGCUAGUCGUAGUACCGGCUAUUCAGGCACCAGAAAUAUCAUCAUCUAAGGCCCUUAGAAUUGCAAAGGAAUAUGAUUCAGAAAGUACAAGAACGAUUGGUGUUAUUAGUAAGAUUGAUCAAGCAGCUUCAGAGUCAAAAGCACUUGCUGCUGUUCAGGCUCUCCUCUCGAAUCAGGGACCGUCAAAGACUAAUGAUAUUCCAUGGGUUGCACUGAUAGGCCAAUCUGUAGCCAUCGCAUCAGCUCAAUCAGGAGGUGCUUCAUCUGAGAAUUCUUUAGAGACAGCUUGGCGUGCCGAGAGUGAAAGUCUAAAAUCCAUAUUGACCGGAGCCCCCCAAAGCAAGCUUGGAAGAGUAGCUUUGGUGGAAGCUCUGGCAGGUCAGAUUCGUAAUCGGAUGAAACUUAGGCUUCCCAAUAUGCUUUCUGGUCUUCAGGGGAAGUCUCAAAUAGUUCAGGAUGAACUAGUGAGGCUUGGUGAGCAAAUGGUUAGCAGUCCUGAAGGUACAAGAGCUUUAGCUUUGGAGCUUUGCCGUGAGUUUGAGGAUAAAUUCCUUCAGCAUCUUGCGGGUGGUGAAGGUAAUGGCUGGAAAGUUGUUGCGAGUUUUGAAGGAAAUUUUCCAAAUAGGAUCAAGCAGCUCCCUUUAGAUAGGCAUUUUGACAUGAACAACGUCAAAAGGAUUGUUUUAGAAGCGGAUGGUUACCAACCAUAUCUUAUAUCUCCAGAGAAAGGAUUAAGGUCCUUAAUUAAAGGUGUCCUAGAGCUGGCAAAGGAGCCUGCACGUCUAUGUGUGGAUGAGGUGCAUCGCAUAUUGGUGGAUCUAGUGUCUACUUCAGUAAAUGCCACUCCUGGUCUUGGAAGAUAUGCUCCCUUUAAGAGAGAGGUUGUGGCAAUUGCAAGUGCUGCACUUGACGGGUUUAAGAAUGAAGCAAAGAAAAUGGUGGUUGCUCUAGUUGACAUGGAGCGUGCAUUUGUCCCACCUCAACACUUCAUCAGAUUGGUGCAGAGGCGAAUGGAUAAGCAGCGCCGCGAUGAUGAAAUUAAGAAUAAAUCCUCCAAGAAGGCAAACGAAGCAGAGCAGUCCAUUUUAAAUAGGGCAACUAGUCCUCAAACAGGAGUCCCGCCAACUGGAGGAAGCUUGAAGUCAAUGAAGGAAAAAUCUGACAAAGAUUCACAAGAGGGACCUGCCUUGAAGACAGCUGGGGCUGGUGGUGAGAUAACAGCAGGUUUUUUAUUGAAGAAAAGUGGAAAGACAAAUGGUUGGAGUCGGCGAUGGUUUGUAUUGAAUGAAAAGAGUGGCAAGCUUGGUUACACUAAAAAGCAGGAAGAAAGGCAUUUUCGUGGUGUCAUUACUUUGGAGGAAUGCAAUAUUGAGGAACUUUCUGAGGAUGAUGAAAGCUCAUCAAAAAGUUCCAAGGAUAAAAAGGCAAAUGGACCAGAUAAAGGAGCCAAUCUUACUUUUAAGAUAACUAGCAGGGUUCCAUAUAAGACUGUCUUGAAAGCUCACAGUGCUGUUUUAUUAAAAGCUGAGAGUAUGGCCGAUAAGGUUGAGUGGAUUAACAAGCUGAGAAGUGUCAUCCAGUCUAAAGGAGGUCAAGUGACGGGCGAAUCUGGUGUUACCAUGCGCCAAAGUCAUUCUGAUGGUUCACUUGAUACAAUGACUAGACGACCAGCAGACCCAGAAGAAGAGCUCAGGUGGAUGGCACAAGAAGUGCGUGGUUAUGUUGAAGCUGUUCUCAACAGCCUUGCUGCCAAUGUUCCUAAGGCAGUUGUUCUUUGCCAAGUAGAGAAAGCCAAGGAAGACAUGCUUAAUCAGCUUUAUAGCUCUAUUAGUGCCCAAAGCACUGAAAGAAUAGAACAGCUACUCUUGGAGGACCAAAAUGUGAAACGCAAGCGAGAGCGUUGUCAGAAGCAGUCAUCCCUGCUUUCAAAACUUGUUAGGCAACUUAGCAUCCAUGAUAAUCGAGCUGCAGCUGCGUCCAGCUGGUCCAAUGAUACUGGUGGAGCAGAAAGUAGCCCAAGAACAAGUGGAACCUCAUCAGGGGAGGACUGGAGGACUGCCUUUGAGGCUGCAGCCAAUGGACGUGCUGACUCAUUUAGGUCUCACAGUCGACGUAACAGUGAUCCAUCACAAAAUGGCGAUGUAGGCUCAACUUCAAACAACAGCCGUCGAACACCAACUCGGAUGCCUCCAGCACCACCGCCAACCUAUAAAUAUUAGUUAAAAAGCUUAAUUUCAGAUUUGAUUAUUCAUGCAUCCUUGGCAGUCUGGCGGGCGGGCGUUCGUGUCUCGCUGCAGACGGAGCAUCGGUGAAGCUCAUAUUAUGGUAUAAUUAGCUUUUGUAGAAGUGGUAUAGGUUUGUAGAUAUAUAUUGGAGUUGACAAGUGCUUGAUCCUGAGAUGUAUCAUCAUCAUUAUCAUCAUGGUGUCCAUUAAAAUUUUCCUCAUAUUCCAUUUUGUUGUUGGGUGGGUGGGAUUAGGGCAAUCUCUUCCCAGGCUUUUUUUAAUCAGAUUCUACAAUUGUAUUUGUUGUAUUGAACAUUAGUAUAAAUUUUUUUUUUCCCUCAUAGUUUAGUUGUCUCAAACUCGGUGAAUAAAAGGCUACCUGCUUACAUGCAGAAAUUUUUAACAGUAA